GGGAAGAGCCGCCCGCCGGCCGCCAUCUUGCUUCACCCGGUGGAAUCCGGAUCCGUCUCCGCAGUCGGUGAGUGAGAGCGGAGGGGCCCGGCAUAAUGUUUUUAACAGCAGUAUUACUCCGAAAGAGAAUUCCUGGGAAACAAUGGAUUGGAAAAUACAGGCGACCAAGAGAGGUUACCAUUGGAAUGAAGCAAGCAAUGGUCCGAAGGUUGGAAAUUGAAGCAGAGAAUGAGUAUUGGCUGAGUCGGCCUUACCUGACACGGGAGCAGGAGUACAAACAUAACACAGAAGGGAGACUUGCACGUUGGGAAGCUUUCAAAAGAAAGGUUAAAUCCAAGUUGCCUGAGCAUAGAUACAUCAGUGAUCAAUUAAACCAUCUAAAUGUAACUAAAAAGUGGACAAUCUGAAGCCAUGGUGUACAAGUAUCUGGUGUGUAUUAUGCACUACUGUGGAAUCUGCUUUUGUACCUCUUAUGGUACUUUUGUAAUUCAGUAAAUAAGGUUGGAUGACAUGUGAGAUUUGCUAUCAUGUACAAAAACUUGUAUUAAAAAUAGUCCUAUAGAACAA